AUGACAUCGACGAGCCCUGAUCACAGCAUGCUCGUAGUUGUUGUAGGGCUCGUGGGGUUUCUAGCCCUCUUGUACUGGUGGACCAAACCGACUCACCCUUUUCCACCUGGCCCAAAGCGGCUCCCCAUCAUCGGGAACAUGCUUGAUCUCCCUAAGGACCAUGCAUGGUUCACAUACCAACAGUGGUCGAAAGAGUACCGCUCAGAUGUCAUACACGUGGACACACUGGGAACACACCUAAUCAUCUUGAAUUCUGCGAAAGCAGCAAGGGAACUCUUCGAGAAACGAUCAUCUCUGUAUUCCGACAGCUCCUUUUUCAUUGUUCUGCAUCAUCGCUUACGUUGUAUGCUCAAACUUGACUGGGCAUUUGGGUUUGCUCCCUAUGGUCAGGAACUGCGGCGUCAUCGGAAAGUGCUCCAUCGUUAUUUCAGCCCCGCAGCGUCUGAACAGUACCACCAAAUCGAGGCGAAAGCAACUCUUGAGCUCUUGCAGCGUCUUCUAGACACCCCGCAGGACUUUGUCGCACAUCUAAGGCACAUGGCCGGGAGGACCAUCCUUGAAAUAGCGUAUGGGAUUGAAGCGCAACCUCGCAACGACCCGUACAUCAAUAUUGUCGAGAAGGCCAUUAAAGCCAUGACAGUCGGCGCCACACAGAGGGCGCGUGUCUUCGACACAUUCCCGAUAUGUACUGCCUCCUUUUAUUUUUUUCUGCGGUCUUUUCUUGACAUACACGGCACAUAUGCAGUGGCGCGCCUGCCUGAAUAUCUCCCUGGCAUGUCCAUCAAAAGAGAAGCGAAGAAAUGGUCUUCCCAAUGCGCACUAACUGUCGAGAUGCCAUUUCGUGCCGUCAAAGAAGCCAUCGCCAGCGGCUCGGCCAAAGAGUCAGUCGCGUCGUCCCUACUUCAGAACGGUGGCGAGGAUGGGUCCCCUUAUGAUGAAGAUGUAGCGAAGAAAGCGAUAGCAUCCAUGUACCUUGGUAAGUCUACCCCCUCGACCAUAAACACAUUCAUUCUACUCAUGGUGCUCUACCCUGAAGUGCAGCAGAAGGCGCACGCAGAGAUCGAUGCCAUCAUCGGGCACGGUCGUUUGCCAAAGCAUUCUGACGAGAGUUUGCUCCCGUAUGUUGGUGCUGUGGUAAAGGAGGUCCUGCGAUGGGCGCCCAUCGCUCCUCUCGGUGUUCCGCACAGCGUGCUGUCCGAUGACAUUUACAAAGGCUACUUGAUCCCCGCAGGCUCUGUGGUUCUUGGAAAUUGCUGGGCCAUCCUCCACGACGAAACUAUGUUUCCUGACCCUGAUGCUUUCAAGCCCGAGCGCUUCCUUGAUACCGGCGGUGGUGCCACAUCUGACUACCCUGAUGCUGCGUUCGGUUUCGGACGGCGUGUCUGCCCCGGCCGCUUCAUGGCGCACGCCGCAGUAUGGCUUGCGAUCGUCUCGAUUCUCUCCACAUUUGAUAUUUCCAAAGCUGUCGACGAAGAUGGGAAUGAAAUCGUGCCAGCUGGCGAGUUUAUCGACGGUCUCAUCAUGUAUCCGGCUCCGUUCAAGUGUAGGAUCGAGCCUAGGUCUACUUCGGCGGUGUCGUUAAUUCGGACGGCCUCGGCGUGA